UAAAAGCAGCUGUGAAUGAGCCGCAAGAUUUGUCAAAGCUAAUUGCUCAUCAAGUGAUUCAAAAUGGCGGUAUAUAUGGUAGAUAUGCUGGACUCAAAAUCUCGUGCUAAAGAACGUGAAUGUUCGAAUCCUCUUCAAAGCAUAAUACUGAGAUUUUUUGUUCUUCGAAAUUGUUCUUACUAACAAUCCAUCCUUUCCCUCCAAAUUAACGAUGAUUCUAGAGAAUAAGCGACUAUGAUACUCUUGCUGAGAGCCAAAUCGAUAUAUUCAGAGGCGCGAUCAGGAUUUCAAUUUUAUGAGUUCUAGAUUUUAACGAUAAUUUUAAGUGCUAGUAACUGGGUUCUAAUUUUAAUAUACGUACAUAUUUAAUGAUUUUUUUGGUAAAAAUAUACUAUUUGAACAAAAGUUAUUGGGUUCGGCCGAAUCCGUUUCCGAGCUUCUAGCUCCACCCAUGGGUAUAUUUGCUUACAUAGUUUUAUACAAAUACAGUUGAUUGCUCUUGAGCUAAUAUAGCUGAAAAACAAUGCAACUGCUCUAACUUCAGCUCAAGUAACUAAUUUCCUAACGAAGUCUGUAACCGCCCAUAACUACUCAACUGACCAUUCACUGCUAUUAAAACUGAAUUUAAGCUAGCUGGAAUUCGAAUAAAUUACACAGAAAGUUAAUUUAUAGUAUUAAACACGAAAUACUUCAUACAUUACUAUUUGCCUACAAAUUCUCCCUCUCUCUAGUUCAGUUAUGUAACUCAAACAAUUAUGGAGUAGAUUUUUACGCAUUUUUCAACAUUGAAAAAGAAAAUGAAGAGGAAUAAGCAGAGGAAAGAAGUUUACCCAGUGAAAAUGGUACGGAUUAUGAGAUUUUCAUGCAUUUUCGCUGUUGCAAUGUUAAUCAUCAUCUUUUCACCAUUUCAAUCAUCUCAGUUCUCGUACCGUAAAGCUUCCGUGUUCCGCAAUGCACCUGAUUGCAGCUCUAGUACUGACAGAACAAAAUUUGAGAAAAUUGAAUAUUCAAAAUUUGUUCAUGUAGCGAUGACUCUUGAUAAUCAGUAUCUACGUGGAUCAAUCGCAGCCGUUCAUUCGAUUCUACGCCAUUCUAAAUGUCCAGAGAAUGUAUUCUUCCACUUCUUAGUCUCAGAUACGAAUCUCAAAACCUUAAUUCAGUACAUUUUUCCUGAAUUGAAAUUCAAUGUAUAUUACUUUGAUUCGAAAAGAGUAAAAACCUUGAUUUCAACUUCCGUACGAGAAGCACUUGAACAUCCUCUCAAUUAUGCGAGAAAUUACUUAGCUGACCUUCUAGAACCUUCAAUUCACAGAGUUAUAUACUUAGAUUCGGAUAUAAUUGUAAUUGAUGAUAUUUUCAAGCUGUGGAGCACAAACUUGGGGGGAAAGGCAAUCGGAGCGCCGGAAUAUUGUCACGCUAACUUCACGACGUAUUUCACGGCGAGGUUCUUGUCGGACAUGAGAUUUUCUGGCGUAUUCGCCGGACGGAAAAGGAAGCCGUGUUACUUUAAUACAGGUGUUAUGGUUAUGGAUUUAGUGAAAUGGAGGCGGGUCGGGUACACGAAACUGAUCGAGGAAUGGAUGGAUAUCCAGAAGACGAAUCGGAUCUAUGAGCUCGGAUCUUUGCCGCCGUUUCUACUGGUUUUUGCUGGUGACGUGGCGCAUGUUGACCAUAGAUGGAACCAGCACGGUUUGGGCGGUGAUAAUGUGAAGGGAAGCUGCCGGAAACCGCACCCUGGUCCAACGAGUCUGCUUCACUGGAGCGGGUCGGGUAAGCCGUGGGUCAGGUUCGACUCGAAGAAAGCUUGUGCUAUUGAUUUUGUAUGGGCAUCCUAUGAUUUGUAUAAACAUGAGACGUGAAUAUGGACAGAAUUGUAUAAAUCAUACAGCUUUAAAAAGAAAGAGGAAAAUAUUAGCAAUGUUUGAAUUCAAUUUGAUCGUA